AUUCAUGAACAUAAAAACAUUUCUGAAAAAACACUCUCUACUUUCAAAAAAGAAAAAAACACCCAUAAAGAGUAAUACAUUACUAUCCUAUUUGGUAAUAGUGUUUGAGGUAGUGGAUAGCAGUCGAAUAAGGUCAAAAAGCUACUUAGGAAACGCGGCAACUCGAAGCACACAUCAAUAUUCAGAGAAAAAACAUACAAAAAAUGGGAGGAAUGAUACUUAAAGAAGUUGAGAUGUGCGUAGAAUUAAUGAAAUUAGGGUUAGAAUUUGUGGUUGUUGUUGCAGAUGCUGUGAAGACUGUUGUACAUCGAAACUUAGAUGCAGAUGAUGUGCAAUUACCAGCUCAAGAACGUAUUAAUCUUAAUUAUGAUUAUCAAGUUCCUUUUCCUUACCCUGGAAUUCUUCCUUGAUUAUAUUAAUUAUAUAUACCAUUGUGUAUAUAAUUUGUACAAAAACAAAAGAACACGUAGAGAUGUUAUGUUGUUCUUCUUUUUGUUUUAGUUCUUUUAUUCAUAUAAUUUUGGGUUUUGUUGUUGUUUUGAGGAAACAUGAUUAGUGUUGUUAAUUACUUCUUGUGAUUAGUUUGAUCACGGUUUUGAUUAAUUGAUAUUAAUUUUCCCGGCUCUUCUUCCUUAA